AUGGAGACGUUGAUCAGACAGCUCAAUGACCCCAGCAAUCAGUCCGCUCCCGAACGCAUCAAUGAGAUCCAAAGACAGAUCCAGCGGCUCCAACGAGAGAAGACCGCGUGGCAACUUGGCCUUGAUCUGUUGCAGAAUGAAGAAGCGAUUUUACGCUUCUAUGGGGCGCUGACCUUGACCAUCAAGAUCAAUGCCGACUGGGACAACGAUCAUCUAGGCAAAGACGAGGGGAUGAGGAGCUACUUGCUUGAAGCUCUCAUCACCAACUACACGCGGCUUGUGAAUCUACCAGAUGUAAACUACGUCCUCCGAAAACUAUGCUCAACCCUGGCAGCGCUGUUCGUCAGAUCAGAUUCAGGCUGGGGAUAUCCCUUGAGGCAGGUGCUGGCAUGCUUCAUCAGCGGACGUUAUGUCGCCGAGAACGACUUGCCAGAAAUGGCGCUCUUGCUGGACCACGCAGAGGCGUGUCCAGAUCAGCAGCUCAAGGGCGUCCUCAUGGUUGCUGCUAUCGUGGCGGAAGAUCUGAGCAGCCAUCCCCAGAGCUCGGUUGAGGAAAGCAAGCUCCUGACACGCGUAGCCGCGAACUGUGCAGAUGCAUGGCAUCUGUUCCGGUUCUGUAUUGCUCGAUUGGCGGGGAACGGACCCGGGUCUGCGAAUCACCCCGAGGAGUUGUUUCAUCUGGUUGUUCAGGCGACACCAUAUUGGGCCAGCUUGUUAAAGUACCAGACUUCCACGCGAGAUCCAGAACUUAUGGCCAAAGAAUGCAUUGCAACCACCAGCAGUUGGCUGGAGGAGCGUCCGUUUACCGGGCCUGUCCUUCAAAUGCUCAUUUCUCUGCAGCAAUUUUCCCCCAAACUUCUUCGAGAAUCGAUCCCCAACUUUCCAGCCAGUCUGACAGCUUCCAGAAGGGCGGAAGAAAUGGUGGAUGGCCUGACGCAUGGCGACUUCGAUUCCGACGGGAUUCUCUACGUUGAUUUGCUAGAGACCAUCAUGAGUCAGGUUGACAUCACCAAACCGGACUACCUCCAUACUGGUCUCUACGAGGGAAUCAUCCGGACGUUGCAGCAGCUCCUGCGCUGUGAAGGAGUGGCGGUCAUCGAAGAUCCAGUGUGCCAGAUUGCUCUGGAGAAAAUCAGCGAGAUUGUUGAAGGAUCCUCCGACUGGGAAAAUGAUGACGAGGCGGAGCCGUUUGUGGAAGCCUUAGCGGUUGAUGCGUGUCAGGCAUGCUUGGUAAAGAUCAAGCUUCCGCCAGAACAGAUGUCGAGCGCGACUCAAGACUGGGAUACCGACGAGCGACUGAAGUUCCAGGACUUUCGGUAUGACGUGCAAGAUUUCUUGCUGUCCGCAUUCACCGUCCUCGGUUCGGGGCUGCUCGAAGAAAUUGUCAAUCAGAUCCUGUCACAAGGGCCCUCGCCAGACUGGAGCACCUUCGAAGCAGCCACAUUUAGUCUUGCCGCGUUUUCCGACACCAUGUCAUCCGAUCCCGAGAGGUACGACGGCCUCAUCACAACGGUGCUGGCGAGUCAGCCGUGGACAUACCUGCUCCGAUCAGACCCUGUCGUUCCGGACAGAGCCCGCCAGACGGGAAUCCGAUUCAUCACGGAGAACGAAGGGUAUUUGGAACGGCACCCAGACAGUUUGGUCGUGGUCCUGAACUUCCUCUUCUCGUCAUUACACCUGCAGACCUCUGCCACGGCGGCGUCGCGGGCCAUCUACAGCUUAUGCGAUUCACACCGAUCCACCCUGACCGAGGGGCUCUCGCAGUUUUUGGAAUCUCUUGCCACGAUAGGCGACCUUGGCGAGGCAGAACGGCACCGAAUCUACGCUGCCGUGAGUGCGAUCAUUCAAGCUCUUCCGAGCGACGAAGCCAAAGUCGAGCCCCUGUCGCAGCUGAUAGCGUCAGUGGCGCGGGCUUUGGCUGUGAUUGACGACCAAGGCCUAGAGGGCGAGGAGCUGGUGAGAGCCUGUAUUGACGUGAUGCAGACAUUGGCCUGGGUCGGAAAAGGCCUGCGCUCGCCCCAUGAUGUGCCCGUGGAUCUUGAAGCGUCUCACAGCCCGGGACAGGUGGACUUCUGGACCCAAGGCCCCGGCGCACAGGUCCAGCAUUCCGUUCUGAGUCUGUAUGACGCCACUCUCAAGAAGAUGCAGGCGCACGUCGACAACGUCUUCAUCGAGGCCUGUUGUGACUUCAUCAAGUCCGGCUUCCCCGAGGAGCAUCAGUCACCAUUCAAAUUUCCAGACCCGCGCGCACUCUCCCUCAUCUGUGAACUGGUCCAUCUCGAAAACCCGGCCAUCGACGCCACCUUGGCGUGCGCGUCGAGCUUGCUAUCCUCAAUCGCUCCCAACAGCGUGCCGGCAGCCGUCAGGAAGCUUGUCUACCUAGUCUGCUCCGGGCAGGAGCAGAUCCUCUCGGCAUUCCAACGAUCCGGCCAACUGCCCAACAACACGUUCGCGUCCAGCUCGCUCGACUUCCUCGCUCGCUUGGUGACGAAAUGGGGCACCGUUUGGUUCGGGCUGGAGGACAGCGAAGGAACGGCGGCGGUGACUUUCGAGAUGGGUUUAGUUGUUUUGGCCGACUCCGACACCUUACCUCGGCGGGCGGCGGCCUCGUUCUUCGCAGCCUUUGCCGACUUCACCGUCCCGGACGCAUUGACGGCGUUCGACCCCGUGGUGGGCGUGAAAGUCGGCAAUGUCCUGCACCGGUUCGGGCCUCGGAUCCUCUCCCUGAUCCUGCGCUUGCUCGGAGGCGAAUGUGCUCGAUCGGAAAUCGACAGCAUCACGGAGCCGUUGAAGAAGUUUGUGCAGAAACAGUUCAUGCUCACCAAAGCCGUGCUUCGGGAGGCCGUCAAGCUCGAGUCCGGGGUCAUGAGCGAAAAGGCCCUCAAGGCCACCACGCUCGACCAGAGAACCCGAUUCUUGGGUCAAGUCGAGAGCCUCCGCGGCGGGCGCAAGACGAACGAGAUUGUAAAGGACUUUUGGAUCGUCUGCAGGGGAAGCGGCUUUGGAUACAUUGCCUGA